AUGUCACACAUGAAAUCAAAUGCUCAAACAGCUAGAAACAAGGCCCGGUUGAUGGAACUGCUCAAGGACCCGUCAAAUAAACACUGUGCGGACUGCAAGGUUUCCAAAAAUCCACGUUGGGCAUCGUGGAAUCUAGGACUCUUCAUUUGCAUCAGAUGUAGUGGAAUCCACCGGAGCUUGGGCACACACAUAACACGGGUGAAAUCUGUCGAUUUGGACUCGUGGACGGACGAACAGACGGAGUCCAUGUGUAACUGGGGGAACUCCAAGGCCAACCAGUAUUGGGAGGCUAAGUUAAAUGAUGGGAGGGGUGACUACGUUCCAGUGGAGGGGAAGGUUGAGAGCUUUGUAAGAACCAAGUACGUGUUGGGCAAAUGGAAAGCAGAUGGUGAGAGAAACCCAGACAGGUUCAGCUCUAACAAUGGUACUGCUGCACGUACAAAUAUAACUUCAAGUACUAAUGCAAGCACAAAUAUCAGUACCAGUACCACCAAGAGUUCGAGUUUAGGUAGCCCAUUGGAUGACUCAAUUAACUCGCUGUUAGACAUUGCUCCAACACCAACAGCCCAAAGUGUCGAGAGCGCCCAUUCGAAUCCAGUGUCGUUGCAUUCAAUGUCUUCCCUCAACACUUCCACACAUUCGAUCAAUCGAUCAAAGACAAACCCAACAAUCUCAUUACUUGAACAACAACCACCUUUAAGAUCACACUCCAGGAAUGAAAAUAAAUACAACAACAACGGCAACAGCAACAACAGGCACGAAUUGAAGAAGAGUAUUUUGAGCCUGUACUCUACGCCGACUCCUUCUCAGAGUAACGUUUCGUUAACCAACAACUCGCCAGUCUCAGUGCCAUCUACAGCUACUAGCAGUGCCAAUGUAAAUACUGCUAAUUCCAACAUUUGGAACACACCAGCAAUUGCUACAUCAAAAACUUAUGUCCCCGAAGACCCUUUUAAAAAUGUAUGGAAUUGA